UUGAAUGAAGUCCACAAACGGAGACAUGUAAAGGAUAAACUGAUUGAGGCGCCAAUUCCAAACCAAACAACGCCCAAUUUCCAUGGCCUCUCUCGUAUCCCCCACCGCCACUGCGCUUCAAUUCCGCCGCUCAAACCCUAAUUUGCCUUUGAUUUGGUCCAUUACCAGAAGGAAUUUCUCCAUCAAAUGCAAUGCGCUCUUCAACGACAAUCUGUUGACUUAUAACUCCAUCCAAUUGGAGCAAUCCCUCACCCAAUUCCAGCAACUCGCCGCAGAUCUCCCGGAGGUCGAGAAAUGGGGAUUGCUAGUUUUCGCCGGGGUUUCCUGGCUUUACUUGACGGCGAGGCCCGGGGUCCUCGUCGGAGCCAUUGACGCGUACCUUUUAGCUCCCCUGCAGGCGGGAGUGGACGCGCUGAGCGGGCGGCGGAGUUUGAAGAGGACCGAUUUCUUAGUCGGCGAUAGAGUCGGCGAGGGCUCGUUUGGGAUCGUCUACUCCGGAGUAGUCGUGCCCAAAAAUUACACCGUUGAUGAGAAUCUCCGGAGUAAAUCGAGACGGAAUCGGAUUGACGAAAGCUUUAAGGAUAAGGUUAUCCUCAAAAAGGUCAAAAUUGGGGUUAAAGGCGCUGUGGAGUGUGGGGAGUUUGAAGAGUGGUUCAAUUACAGGCUAUCUCGAGCUGCUCCAGAAACUUGUGCAGAAUUUCUUGGUAGCUUUGUUGCAGACAAAACCAACACUCUCUUCACAAAGGGGGAGAAAUGGCUUGUUUGGAAAUACGAGGGAGAUUUGGACUUGGGAGAUUACAUGAAAGAUCGAAACUUUCCUUUGAAUUUGGAGUCUGUGAUGUUUGGAAGAGUUCUGCAAGGGGUGGAAUCAAUGGAGAGGAAUGCUCUGAUAAUCAAGCAAGUAAUGCGACAGAUAAUAACAUCGUUGAAGAAGAUACACAACACGGGAAUAGUUCACCGUGAUGUGAAGCCCUCCAAUUUGGUGGUCACCAAGAAAGGGCGGAUCAAACUGAUUGAUUUUGGGGCAGCCACGGAUCUCCGCAUAGGGAAAAACUACAUCCCUAACCGUGGUUUGCUUGAUCCUGACUACUGCCCGCCCGAGCUCUACGUGAUGCCUGAGGAGACUCCCAUUCCUCCGCCAGAGCCCAUCGCAGCCCUUCUCUCUCCAAUCUUAUGGCAGCUGAAUAGUCCAGAUCUAUUCGAUAUGUAUUCUGCUGGGAUAGUUCUGCUUCAAAUGGCGACACCGGGGCUGAGGUCUGCAGCGGGGCUGAAGAAUUUCAACAACGAAUUGAAGGGGGCUGGAUAUGAUUUGAAUAGAUGGAGGGAGAAGACGAGGAUGAGAGCUGAUUUGAGCAUUCUAGAUCUUGAUUCUGGUAGAGGCUGGGAUUUGGCAACCAAGCUUGUGUCGGAGAGGGGCGUGUUCAAAAGAGGGCGUUUGUCAGCAGCAGCUGCGCUCAGACAUCCUUAUUUUUUGCUAGGUGCUGAUCAAGCUGCUGCUGCUCUCUCCAAAUUCAAUUUCAUCAACCAAUAGGCUUACUGUUGAUAUUGCCAUGUGAUUGUGAGUCACUGCAACUUUAAACAAUCCAAUUUUUCGUGUAUAUUGGCCUAGUAUAUAUGUCUAUUUCUUUUGUACCGCCUAAA